AUGGCGGGAUCAGGGGAUAGUUCUUCAAGCAACGCUGUGCAAUUAGUAUGCACACAGCGGGGUUGGAAAACUUACCGCGUGCGUGGACAGAUGUUUGAGGUGGAAGACCGAUACACUCUCACCUCUGUCGCGGGGUCUGGAGCCUAUGGUGUGGUGUGUGCCGCAAUCGACAACACUACAUUUCGGGAUGUGGCUAUCAAACGAGUCGGUGGUCUUUUUGAUGAUUUAACCGAUGGUCGUCGAAUUUGGCGAGAGAUAGUCAUUCACCGUAUUUUGAGAAAGAGUGGAUGUCGUAAUAUGUUGAACCUUUUACGAGUGGUUCCACCUAGAGAUGGUGUUGCAGAUUUUCGUGAUUUAUACAUAGUUACAGAUCUUUAUAAUACUGAUCUGCAUGUAGUUAUUCAACGUACACGAAAUACAUCCAUAGAUUCUCUAAAACGAGUUAUGGUAUCGGUUAUUCGAUGUGUGUCGGAUAUGCACAGACUAGGAAUUAUUCAUAGAGAUCUAAAACCAAGCAAUAUAUUAUUAGGUGGGGAAUCUGAUAAUUAUAAUGCCGUGGUGUGUGAUUUUGGUCUCGCACGGGCAGGUAUAUCCGAAAUGAAUGAACCACUUGAUCUCACGGAUUAUGUUGUGACUCGCUGGUAUCGUCCACCGGAACUUUUAAUGAUGUGUCGAUACAGUUUUCCCGUUGAUCUUUGGGCGAUUGGUUGUAUUAUCGCUGAAUAUGUUAUAGGGCGUCCCUUAUUCGGAGGCCGUGAUUACGUUCACCAAAUGCAAUUGGUAUUAUCUAGCGUUCCUGUAACAGGAACAGAAUUUAUAGAGAGUAAUGGGAAUGCAUUGUCCUUUGUGAAUGAGAAUGUGAAGAAAUAUAAAAAUACAAGACCGCUUGAACAGGAGCUUAAAGCAUUACCUCCUGAUGGUCUUGAUCUGGUAAACAAACUUCUCGUGUUUGAACCAGCGAAACGAUUAACGGCACAAGAGGCACUAGAACACCCAUUCUUUGCUUCUGUUGGGGGUCCAGGUAUACAAAACUGUAAACCAAUUCCAAAAAUGGAUCUUUCCUUUGAUCUACAUGCAGAGAUAUCAGAGGCUCAACUGCGUCGAUUUAUGUGGGCAGAGGUAGCAUAUUAUCAGCAGAAGGGAGAUUUGGAAGAGAAUUAA